AUGCCACCGAGAACAUCAACCACAAAAGGGCCGUCGGGAGCCGACGGAAAACCAACAUGGAAGUCCAAAUUCACGGACAAGCAGUUAGAAAGGAAACGACAGGUCGAUCGCAUAUCUCAACGCCGCACGCGACAGAAUUCUAAACAGGUCGCCGCGCAGCUGCAGGAGAAGAUGAACCUGCUCUCUAGCGGUGACCACAAAGGUCUGCUGGAGCAGAUGCUGGCGGAGAAUGAAGGAUUAACCAGCAAGUUGAAUCUUUUCCAAAAUCGACUGGAUCAGAUUCAUCGUCUCUCGAAUGAAUGCCUGGAGGUUGAGGAUGUGCCGAAUCCUGCUAGAGGCCAUCGGUCUGUGGGCCGGAGCUUGACAUCCUCCGGGUUUGAUAGCACUCCAAUGGGGGAUGGAAUACCUGCCGAUGUUGGAAAAAUGUUCUCAAAGCAGCCUUCGAUCUUCCUCCAUAUCAUAGAGCAAAUGAGGGAAACACAUGGUGGCGACAUGCCAAGACUCACCCCUAAUCGCUUCGUCGAGAGCACCAUGGCAUGGAAGUACUCACAGGGUUCGACGGAUGGAUUGGACUAUCUGGUCCAGCACUUUCAACUGCGGGGAUUUACCAUUAAAGACACCCUUUUCCGAAAGACGGCUUACCUGGCGUACCAGCUCAUGCGGCCGUGGCGCGGCUGCUACCACUCUCACCUGGAGCUAGAGGCCCUAUUUUGGGCCCAAUACCGGCACCUUCUUUUCUUUGUUCUCCCGUCUACCGAAAAUCUUGCCAAAUGCUUGCCGUGGUACCGUCCGACGCCGUCCAUGUUCCUCUACGACCAUCCUGGUUACAUUGACUUCCUUCUUUGGCCUCACCUUCACGAGCAGUUAAAAGGCAGCUGGAAGAAGUACAACACCGAGAGCCUGAUCGGAAACCUGAUACGGAGAUUCAACGUUAGCAAUGCAGACAUUGACCCCAAGCAGCCACAGAUUUACGUAAAAAAUCGCGAGCUCCAUCUGUCAAAGAUCUUCGAGAGGGCCCUAGCCGAUGCUUCUAACUUUCGCAUGCAACCCCACCUAUUUACGCGUUCCCCGGAGGUUGUGAAUAGCGGUUCUCUCGUUGCUCCCAACCCACCAGCAACGGGAGACUCUACACGCUCAACACAUACAGUGUGUGGUGCGUCCAAUACGAACGUGCAAACCCACCCUUAUGGACUAGAUGAGCCGAUUUGGACGCAUCCUUUUCCAUCCGACAGUUACCUGCUAGGCUCUAUCACCAGUGCGGUUCCAGAAGUCCCACCCAAACUGGACUACAGGAUGACCCGGUCCAACGAGACGCUAGACACGGAGUGUAUCGACGGAAACUUUCUAAUCUGGAAUAAUUGCCAGAUGGGCUCCGGCAACUUAUGGACGCUAUAG